CAUUGAUAUUACACAACGAGUCAAACCCCAUGAGCCUCCCGGUAGGCCGCGGAUUCCAAGCUUCAAUUUUCGCAAAUAAGAAGGGGAUCACGCCAGACCACAGACGAAGUUGUAAAUACCAUCUCACACCAACAGUUCCCAACUUAACUCUCCUUGUUAGCCAAUCCUUCCUGCCGAAUUAUCAACCAACACACUCAUUAGUCAAAGUCACAAUGCAGCUCUUCACCUUCGUCCAGUCCGCCGUCUUCGCCGCCACGGUAACAGCACAGGGUUGCCAUUUUUGGGUUCAAGAGAAGUCAACCGGGAACAACGUGUUGCAGAAGUGUCUCCAAAAGAACGAGGCGAUGACCGCCUUCAUCAAUGGCCAAAGUAUAUACAUUCAGGCCAACUCAGACUGCCGCGUCACGGUGAGCAAUACCGGAUACAACACCGCGCCCGUGGGAUUCAACGCGUACUACGACGGCCCUUGCUAAUACAACGCCUGGACCUAUAUCGUGGGAAUUUCUAGUGUACUUGCGACGUUCGUUUGUAUUGCUUUCCACCAUGUACAUACAUUUGCGAAGCGAACGGCGUUGAGAGGGCGAAAGACUCGGGUCCGUCAGGGCCAACCUGCUGCCGGACGGAAGCUAAGAUACUCAAUGUGUUCAAUUGGCGAAAUCUCCUA